AUGGCGUCCAAGGCCUCGAAUGCCGGUCUGGAGGCAAAGACGCCGAGUAAAAGUCGCUCGAAGAGCCGUUCGAAAAGUCGAUCCCCGGGACCCAAGGGCACGUCGAAGAGGUCGAAAACCAACGAUUACCGCUCGGAUGGCGUCAAGGACUAUGAUGUCCUCAAUCUGCCCGUCAGAGACUACAAGAUAAUGCUCGUCAUCACUGCAAUUGCAACAGUGGUGCGGCUGUUCAGGAUCUACCAGCCUACCAGCGUUGUCUUCGACGAGGUCCACUUCGGAGGCUUCGCUACCAAGUAUAUCAAAGGCAAAUUCUUCAUGGACGUCCACCCACCGCUGGCUAAACUGCUCAUCACCCUCGCUGGUUACCUCGCCGGGUUCACGGGAAAUUUUGACUUCAAGGAAAUUGGCAAGGAUUAUAUAGAACCUGGUGUUCCUUACGUUGCCAUGCGCAUGCUUCCCGCUAUCCUGGGCGUGUUGACCGUCCCUACCAUGUUCCUUACGCUGAAAGCAACAGGCUGCCGCACUUCUACUGCAUCGUUCGGUGCUCUCCUGGUCACCUUUGUAGAAAACGCACUCGUCACCCAGUCACGCUUCAUUCUGUUGGACUCUCCUCUGAUUAUCUUCACUGCCUUGACUGUUCUAUCUUUCGUCUCGUUCUCCAACCAGCACGAACAGGGCCCGCCAAAGGCCUUCGGAUCUUCUUGGUGGUUCUGGCUGGUGGCAUCCGGACUGUUCCUUGGUGCAACCGCCAGCGUGAAAUGGGUUGGUCUCUUCACGAUUGCGUGGGUUGGAUCAUUGACCCUUGUCCAACUCUGGGUUCUCCUCGGUGAUCCAAAGACUGUUACUGCGCACAUCUGGUUCAAACACUUCUUUGCUCGUGCCUUCUGUUUAAUUGUCAUCCCUGUUGGCUUCUACAUGGCCAUGUUCGGAGUUCACUUCCUCUGCCUCCGAAACCCCGGCGAGGGUGACGGAUUCAUGUCCUCUGAAUUCCAAGCAACUCUCAACUCAAAGGGGAUGAGUGACACUCCCGUAGAUGUCGUCUUUGGGUCUCGAGUAUCAAUUAGACACCACAAUACCCAGGGAGGCUAUCUCCACUCGCACAACCACAUGUAUCCCGGUGGAAGCAAGCAGCAGCAAAUCACCCUUUACCCACACAAAGAUGACAACAACGUUUUCAUUCUUGAGAACCAGACCCAGCCUCUUGGGCCAUAUGGCCAGGUCCCUGGACCAAAGGCUUGGGACAACAUUACUACCGAACACAUCAUGGAUGGCAGCACCAUCAAGCUCUACCACGUAAAUACUGAUAGACGCCUUCACUCUCAUGAUGUUCGUCCUCCGGUUACCGAAGCCGAUUGGCAGUUCGAAGUUUCAGCCUAUGGUUAUGAAGGAUUCGAAGGAGAUGCCAAUGAUCUCUUCCGUGUGGAAAUUGUCCCUUCCAUGUCUGACGGAGCAGAGGCAAAGAAGAGGCUGAGGACCAUCCAGACAAAGUUCAAGCUUGUACACGUUAUGACUGGUUGUGUCUUGUUCUCUCACAAAGUGAAGCUACCAGAAUGGGGUUUCGAGCAACAGGAGGUUACCUGUGCCAAGGGCGGUUCUCUGCCCAACAGUAUCUGGUACAUUGAACAGAACAGCCAACCCGCUCUUCCUGACGAUGCUGAGAAAGUGAACUACAAGGUUCCUGGCUUCCUCGCCAAGUUCUGGGAGCUUCACAAGGUUAUGUGGAGGACAAACGCUGGCCUCGUCGACUCUCAUGCCUGGGACUCCCGUCCUCCAUCCUGGCCUAUCCUGUCCCGUGGUAUCAACUUCUGGGGUAGAAACCACCGUCACAUCUACCUUAUCGGCAACCCAAUCAUCUGGUGGACUUCUACCGCCACAGUUGUCGUCUGGGUACUCUUCAAGGGUGUUGCCGUCCUCCGAUGGCAGCGUGGCUUCAAGGACUACAACAAUGUUCACUUUAAGCGCUUCGAUUACGAGGUCGGCCAAACCCUCCUCGGCUGGGCUCUUCACUACUUCCCAUUCUACCUCAUGGCUCGCCAGCUUUUCCUCCACCACUAUCUCCCUGCUCUGUACUUUGCCAUCCUGGCAUUCUGUCAGACUUACGACUUCGUCGCUAACAGGUUUAGCAAGCCAUCCAUCUUUGGCAAGCUGUUCACCGUUGGAUUCUUGUCCCUCAGUGUUGCUGCCUUCUGUAUCUUUUCACCACUGGCAUAUGGCAACAUUUGGACCAGAGACAUGUGCCAGAAGACCAAGUUGAUCUCUACCUGGGACUUCGACUGCAACCUUUACCAUACUGACCUAUCCCAAUAUUCUACCCCUGAGGUUAUCAGCACCUCAAAUGCCGCCCAGACUUCCAUAGCUGCUCCGCCCGUGCAGCAGCAGCAGCAGCAGCCACCUCAGGUAGAACAGAAGCAAGAACAUCAACCUGAACAGCAACCGGAACAGCAACCUGAACAGCAACCCGAACAGCAGGAGAACCAAGUUCCUGUUCAACCCGAAUCAGUUGAUUCCCCACUACAGCCACCAGCAGUGGACCCAGAACUUCGUAAAGUCCGUGAAGUCGAGUACCGCGAUUCUGAAGGCAACAUUCUCAGUGAGGAACAAGUCAAACUCCUCCAGGACCAGGGAGAAAUCUCGUUCGAAACCCGCUACGAGACUCGCACCAGACUAAUCGACUCUCAAGGCCGAGAAAUCCCUAGGGAAGUUCUUGUCGCACCCGAACACCCAGACGUGCAGGGAUCUAACCCGGAAACCGUUCCUAAGAACGAACCAAAAGCUCCAGCUAAUAAGCCAGCUGAUGUUGAGGGAGAGAGUCAAUCCAUAGAGAGGAAAGAAGAAAAGCCAAAGCCAGCUAGCGAGGCUAAAGCCGCUACAAACUAA